AUGGUAGCAAAGGCGGAGGAAGACGAAGCUGAAGGGUUCCUCCCUGCAUGCAGUGCUGCCUCAGAAGGAAGCAACAGCAACAGCAGCAGCAGCAGCAGCAACAGCAGCAGCAACAGCAGCAGCAGCAGCAGCAUAAAACACGAUGUAGAGCAGCAGCAGCAACAGGAUGAGUUAGUGCUGCAGCGACGUGAGUGGGAGCUGCAUGCAAGUGGUACACGCACACCGACAACAGCAGCAGCAGCAGCAGCAGCAGCAGCAGCAGCAACAGCAGCAGCGGUAGCAGCAGCAGCAGCAAAUGCAGCAGAUGCAGCAGAUGAUGACACAGGGUCCAUCUAUUCUUAUUACUCAGCACCUGAUUGUCUGCAGCGUACAGAUGCUAGCUGCUGCUGCAGUCCUCUUGCUGCUGCUUGCUGCACCAGCCCAAGCAACAGCAGCGAUGCAGCAGCAGCAGCAGCAGCAGCAGGACAGACAGGAGAUCUACGUGAUUGUCUAAGAAGAGCAGCAAGCAGCAGUGCUGCUGAGCCUCCGUGUCUUAUUAGGGCAGCAUCGGAUAUAUAUCUGCUGCAGCAGCAGCAGCAACAGCAGCAGCAGCAGCAGCAGCAGCAGCGGCAACGCUCGUCACCUAGUGAUACACCCCAAGCAAGAAGGGCUGGUGCUGCAGCAAAAGGCGAGGAGCAGCAGCUGCUGCUGCCGAAGCACUCUUGGGUGCAGCAGCAACAGCAGCAGCAACAGCAGCAGCAGCAGCAACAACAGCAGCAACAGCAGGAUAUAUGUAGACGUAUAAUCGAGAGGGAGGGACUUCAUCUACUCCUUAAUCCUAUUUCUCCCUCUAACCAGCAGCAGCAGCAGCAGGAGCAGCAGCAGCAGCAGCAGGAGCAGCAGCAGCAGCAGCAACAGCAGCAGCAACAGCAGCAGCAGCAGCAGCAGCAGCGGCACCAGCAGACACGUAUGCACGAUCUGCAUUUCGUUGGUUAUCGCUGGUCUGACACCUCAGUAGCUGACUCAACAGCACCAGCAGCAGCAGCAGCUGCUGCUGCAGCAGCAGCAGCAGCAGCAGCAGCAACGAGGCUAAAGGGCCCCCCACAGCUGCUGCACGGCAGCGCCCAUCAUGCAAGCAGCGCAUGCCGUAGAUCGCGGCGUCCCUCCUUACCUAUUCGCUGCCGUUUGCUGCUGCAGCAGCUGCAGCAGCUGCAGCAGCUGCAGCAGGUGCAGCAGCAGCAUCUGUUGCUGCUGCAGCAGCAGCAGCAUGGACAUAGUUCCUACGAUCCUAACAACCCCACGCUGCACCGCCAUCUGCAGCAGCAACCUGCUGCUGCUGCUCGCCGCUGUCUCUCUUGUGAUGAAAGGUUUACAUGCAGGGAGCAGCAGCAGCAGCAGCGGCUGCUGCUGCUCCUGCAGUCAGGGGCUUGUCUUAGCAGCAGCAGAAGCCCCAUUCUUCGCUGCCGCUCAGCUGUACAUACACCCCAAACUACUGUGUCUCUUCCUGCUCCUGAAGCAGCAGCAAUAACAGCAGAUACACCUCUAGCAGCAGCAGCAGCAGCAGCAGCAGCAACUGGAGCAGCAAAUGCAGCAGCAAGUGCAGAAGUAGAUGCAGCAGCAACUUCCGCAGCAGCAGCUGAUAUAGCAGCUGCAGCAGAAAUUGAAGCAGCAGCAACUGCAGCAGCAACGUCAGGUACAACUGCAGCAACAACAGCUGCAGCAACAGCAGCAACAACAGCUACAGCAACAGCAGCUGCAACAGGUGCAGCAACACCCGCAGUGACAGCCGCAGCAAAAGCUGCAGCAACAAGUGCAGCAACAGGUGCAGCAAAGGCUGCAGCAGCAGGUGCAGAAACAGCUGCAGCAGCAGGUGCAGCAACAGGUGCAGCAAAAGCUGCAGCAAAAGCUGCAGCACCAGCAGCAGCAGCAGCAGCAGCAGCAGCUGACGACCAAGAGCGUCAACCUGUAUGGACGUUUGCCAGGAGCUCGCCGAGAAGCAGCACGAGUAGCAACAGCAGCAGCAGCAGCAAUAGCAGCAACAGCAGCAGCAGCAGCAAUAGCAGCAACAGCAGUAGCAGCAGCAACAGCAGCAGCAGCAGCUACAGCAGCAGCAGCAGCUACAGCAGCAACAGCAGCAGCAGCAGCUACAGCAGUAAUAGCAGCAGCAGCAGCUACAGUAACAACAGCAGCAGCAACAGCUACAGUAGCAAUAGCAGCAGCAGCAGCAGCAGCUACAGUAGCAACAGCAGCAGCAGCAGCAGCAGCAGUCUCUGCCAGCCUGCUGUGGAGACGAGGAGCUUACAGCCCACUCCGUGGCUGUCUCCCAGAGUAUCUCCUGCUGCAGAUCAGCAGACAGCAGCAGCAGCAGCAGCAGCAGCAGCACACGCUGCUGCUUUGACAGGCCCCUCUCUUCAGCUGCCAUUGCGAACCCAAGCUGCGCAUGCAGAAGUUGGUGAAAAUGGGCAGCAACUGCAGCAGCAACAGAAGCAGCAGCAGCAGCAGCAAGAGCAGCAGCAGCAGCGGAAGCAGCAGCAGCAGCAGCCGUUCAAUCCAGCUGCUGCGUCUUCUUCGCUUGACAGCUGUUGGUGGGGAGAGGAGAAGAAGGUGCCUGUUACUGAGUCCCAGGCAGCAGCAGCAGCAGCUGCUGCUGCUGCUGCAGGACUGAGCCGCCCAGUAGUUGAAGAUGCUGCUGCUGUGCAGCAGCUGCAGCAACUGCAGCAGCUGCAGCAGCUACAGCAGAUGCAGCGGCCGCUGCAGCUGCGUCACCCUGCCCCAUUGGUGGAGUGUAUAGACAGCUCAGGUGCUGACUGGAGCAGCGCAUGGCGGUCUCCCUGCAGCAGCAAAGUAGGUGGUAGUGCUGCUGCUGCUAAUUCUGCUGUUGGAGGCUUCUUCUCUCCAUCGCCAACAAGUAAUAGCUGCCUAUACACCCCAAUAUGCCUGACCCCUACAUCGGGUACACCUCUAUGGGUGACGCAGCAGGCCUCUCUGCUGCUGCAGCAGCAGCAGCAACAGCAGCAGCAGCAGCAGCAGCGACAGCAGCAGCAGCACUUGGAUGCUCAUCAAAAUGUUCAGACUGCUGUCUUUGAGAUGCUUACUCCUAGACGUAUAAAGCAGCAGCAGCAGCAGCAACAGCAACUGCUGCAGCAGCGGCUGCACCUGCCGCUGCAGCAGACGGUGCUGCAGCAGGAAAGCCCAGCAACAUUUUCUAGUGUAUGCUCACCUCGCGUAGAGGACACAGAAGCAGCAGCAACUGCAGCAGAACAGCAGCAGCAGCAGCAGCAGGAGCAAGCGUCUAGCAGCAACCGUCGUUGCUCUUGGCUGCGGAGUCCAUUGCGCUACGCUGCAGACUUUAUCCGCAGCAGAUUUAGCAGCAGCAGCAGCAGCAGCAGCAGCAGCAGAGGGGACGUUUCUUACUGGGAUCUUCUUGCCUUUAUACAGGACGAAGCCUCUAGUUGCCGAGUGCGCCCUCGUGCUGUUGCUGCAGCAGCCUGUUCUGCAGCAGCAGCAGCUGCUGCUGCUGCUGCUAAAGAACAAGCUGCUGCUCCAGCGAGUCCAGCAGCAAAGCCUACCGCAGCAGCAACACAACCAGCAGCACCAGCAGCACAACCAGCAGCAGCAGCAGCAGCAGCACAACCAGCAGCAGCAGCACAACCAGCAGCAGCAGCAGCAGCAGCAGCACAACCAGCAGCAGCAGCAGCAGCAGCAGCAGCACGACCAGCAGCAGCAGCAGCAGCAGCAGCAGCAGAUGCUGAGGGCGUCCCACUAUCGGAUUAUAGGCGGCCUUGUGGGGCCAAGCAGUUAGAGACACUUCCUGUGCUGCUGACAACAGCAGCAGGAGAACCAAUUAGUAACGAGCAACAGCAGCAGCAGCAGCAGCAACAGCAACUGCAUCUCAUGGUGCAGCAGCAGCUGCAGCAGCAGCUGCAGCAGCAACGUACUACAGCAGGUGCAUCCCGCGGCAUGUAUGGCAUAAGCCGGGCCAGCAGCAUGUAUAGCAUAGCUGAUGGUGUAGAGCCCACAACAGCAGCAGCAGCAGCAGCAGGAGGAGGUUCUGUCCCAACAGUUGCUGCUGCUUCAGCGCCUGCACCAGCAGCAGCAGCAGCAGCUGAUCCGCUGAACCUCCACUGCAGCGAUGGAAUGCAUGCGCGAACGUUGGACAGCCCCAGAGGUUUGUACAGGUCGUCAAGGGUGUCUCCAGAGACACUAAUGCAGCAGCAGCAGCAGCAGCAGCAACAGCAGCAGCAACAGCAGCAGCAAGGAUAUGUGGUUAGGAGACGUGCCUCUCAAGGAGACACCGCACUUGACCGUCUUGAAUCAUCAAGCAGACAGCAGCGCGCUGCGUCACUGCAGCAGCAGCAGCAGCAGCAGCAGCAGCAGCAAAGGCUGUUGCCUGUACAGCAUCAGCAACAACAAACUCAACUCCACCGACAGCUGCAGCAACGGAUCCAGCAACAGCUGCAACAGCAGAUGCGCCUACAGCAGCAGCAGCAGCAACAGCAGCAGCAGCAGCAGCAGCAGCAGGUGGCUGAUGGAUCUAUAAGUUGCCGUCGUCGUCGUUUUGGUUUAUCGCAAUUUCUUCCAUCGAAACCAGAAUCAUCAACAACAGCAACAGCAGCAGCAGCAGCAGCAGCAGCAGCAGCAGCAGCAGCAACAGCAGCAGCAGCAACAGCAACAGCACCACCCCGAUCAAUCCCGCACCCUAUGGGUUGCACCCCUCGUUAUAAAGGUAACAAUGAUCAAAAGAAGAAUCAUUAUUAUAAAUAUAAGCAGCAGCAGCAGCAGCAGCAGCAACAACAACAGCAACAACAACAGGAAGAAGAAGAGGAAGAAGAAGAUGAAGAAGAAGACGAAGAACAAGAAGAAGAAGAAGACGAAGAAGAAGAGGAGGAACAAGAAGAACAAGAAGAAGAAGAACAAGAAGAAGAAGAACAAGAAGAAGAGGAACAAGAAGAAGAACAAGAAGAAGAACAAGAAGAACAAGAAGAAGAAGAAGAAGAAGAAGAAGAACAAGAACAAGAACAAGAAGAAGAGGAAGAAGAAGAAGAAGAAGAAGAAGAAGAAGAGAAUCCUGUAUCGUCAAUACCUGAUAGCCAAUUAAGAAGUUUAUUAUGUAUUCCUUAUAAGAUUGAAUGUUUAAUUUAUAUUGGUGUUAUUCUUUGUCUAGAUUCUCUUCUUUAUGAGCAACAGAUGCAGCAACAGAUGCAGCAACAGCAGCAGCAACAGAUGCAGCAGCAGCAACAGAUGCAGCAGCAGCAGCAACAGAUGCAGCAACAGCAACAACAGAUGCAGCAGCAGCAACAACAACAACAACAACAGAUGGAGCAACAACUGCAGCAGCAGGAAGAGAAGGAGGAGAAGAAGGAGGAGGAGAAGGAGGAGGAGGAGGAGAAGAAGAAGAAGGAGGAGAAGAAGGAGGAGGAGGAGGUCGUAAGAGAAGUUAUUCUUGUAGUAUUCCUAUAG